GUGCCGCUGGCGCUGAUGGCGGCGGGGCUGGCGGAGGGUCGCACCGAGGAGGGAGAGCGAGGAGGCGGGGAACCGGACAGACAGAGAGAGGAGGCCCCGGCGGCACCGAGCACCGACACACCGACAGACUGACGACAACAGGCGGACACGGAGCAGGACGGAGCGCACUGCAGCAUGCAGGCAGAACUUGGCCCAAUAAGAAACUCUGUACAGACCACCACCGUUUCCUGUGAGCCCAGCUGAACUCUGCAGCAUUCAGGAUCUCCUAUUGGCCGCCAUCCUGUCUCACUCCACCAGCCUGUACACCACUACAGCUGCAGCACUCGUAGGGUUUAGUGGCAGUUGUCAGCACUAGUACCUGUGUUUGCUAGUUGAGGUGCAGUGAAACAUCGGAGAGGUUUAAACCAGUCUGCAGCUUCAGACUGAGCAUCAUUUAGUGAGACACUGACUCUGUACCAGCUGUAGGGGGCGCUACCCUGCAGCUAACCUCAGACCUCUGAGGUUGCAGAGGAUAAUCGCUGAUUUGAAGACACUUUUAAUUGUGCAUGAAUGCAAUUUGGCACUAAAGCACCUGGAAUGACAGCCUUAGCUUGUUAGCUUGAGUGUUGCAGGGACCUCUGGGGGCCCCAUCAAAUUCGGGGCCCCUGAAUUCUUCCUUGUAUCUGGUAGCUGAUGAGCUAAGUUAAUUGUUGUCAGAAAAAUGACUCUGACACUGUCAGGCUGCUGUGAAAAUGUAGAUUAGAUUCAUUUGGAAGCUUCUUGCAGAUAGCAGCCAACAGCAAGCAUAUCAGUUUGAUCCAAACCAAACAGGCCCGCUUCAAAAGUUCAGUUGGAAACAGUUUACUUUGAAAAUGUAGUUGGGCUCCGACCAGGAGUACGUAUUCAGCGGCUAACGGCUAGUUAGCGCUAGUGGCUAGCAGUAAGCAGGUAGCGGUGGCGCGGGGCUAAGUCCGGGCAGAGCAGGGGUGCGAUGGAGUACCACUCCGGUGGCAGCCUGCCCCUGCUGGGGAGACCGCGGUACUGCCCCGGGGCCAACGCUAACGGAGGAUACCUGUGUGAGACGGGACACUGCUGCGGAGAGACCGGCUGCUGUACCUACUACUACGAACUCUGGUGGUUCUGGCUGCUGUGGACCGUCCUCAUCCUGUUCAGCUGUUGUUGUGCUUACCGACACCGUCGAGCCAAACUGAGAGUCCAGCAGCAGCAGAGACAGCGAGAGAUCAGCCUGCUGGCCUACCAUGGAGCCAACUCCUAUCCCUCCUCCAUGCUGGACCUCAGUUUCCUGGCAUCUCUGAAGCUGCCGUCCUAUGAGGAGGUGGCAGCUCAACCCUCCACCCCACCUCCCCCCUACAGCUCUGUGUUCACCACCCCACGAUACCCGCAGCCCCCCCGAGCCACUGACCCCCACCUGCUCACGCAGCACGGCCCGCUGCUGCACAGGCCGCUCAGCGACGGCCCCUCCUCCCUCAGCUCCGACAACAGCUCCAGUUGUUCCUGCGACUCCUGCUGCCCCUCCUCUCCGUGUAGCUCCUCCCUAUCAGCACCUGUCACCUAUGAGACUGACACAAGCCAUGCCUCCACGCCAAGCGAGGCCGCACCCCUCACUCUCGAUGUCACCAUGGAGACCAUUACUGCCGCAGCAACCUGCUUGGAGGAAAAUGAGACACGUUUUGCUUCCGAGAGGAUGGUUGCCACGGUGGCCAUCGACAUUGGUGAUGCAGAUGCUGCCGGAGCACAGGAACCAGGCGCCACGGACUCAUCGGUUCCCAACCAGACUGUUACUGUAGCUGUUGUUACAAGGGCAGCCUCCCCACAGCCUCUGCCCUCUCCUGGUUCAGAGGUGGCUCUUCCUGUUGGAGCUACAUCUCCCAUAAAGCAACAGCUUGACCUAGCACCGUGUUCUCCGAUAGUCAGUACCUGUAGCCCAAGUACACUCCCUGAUCUAACUAUUGUUAACACAACACUCCCCUCCAUCCAAAUAAUGAACACUGAUGGCUCAGUUGAGGGCUCCACAUCAGGCCCCUCUACACCAACAACUAUCACUUCUAACAGCCUUACAGACAACCAAACCCUAGAAACCCUCAAUCUAACGAGAACUUUUGAUACAGUUAAUAUCCCUGGUAGCCCAACCUCAGUGCCAUCCCCAGACGAUGGCAGAACUUUGGCCCUGAUUACAGGAUCUACUGGUGUCCCAACCCAUGACCCAAAUCCUAGCCUUGUGCCAAUCCCAGCACCUUCAAACCUUACCCAAGCUUCAGUCCCAGUGCCUACAAACCUUACCCCAGCUCCAGACCCAGUACCAUCAAACCUUACCCAAGCUCCAGAUCCAGCACCUUCAAACCUUACCCAAACUUCAGUCCCAGUACCGACAAACCUUACCCAGGCUUCAGUGCCAGUACCAUCAAACCUUACCGAAACUCCAGUUCCAGUACCGACAAACCUUACCCAAGCUUCAGUCCCAGUGCCAUCAAACCUUACCCAAGCUUCCGUCCCAGUACCGAAAAACCUUACCCAAACUUCAGUACCAGUGCCUACAAACCUUACCCCAGCUCCAGGCCCAGUACGAUCAAACCUUACCCAAGCUUCAGUCCCAGUACCGACAAACCUUACCCAAGCUUCAGACCCAGUACUGACCAACCAAACCCAAGCCCCAGUCCCAGUACCAACAAACCUUACUCAAGCUCCAGUCCCAGUACCGUCAAACCUUACCCAAGCUUCAGUCCCAGUACCGACCAACCUUACCCGAGCUCCAGACCCAGUACCUUCAAACCUUACCCAAGCUUCAGUUCCAAUACCAACAAACUUUAACCUAGUGCCAGACCCCGUACCAACAAACCUUACCCUGGUGCUAGACUCAUUAACUAAAACCACCCUAGUCUCAGACUCUGCGCCUAAUCCUAUUCUAACUCCAAAACCUGCACAUUCAAACCUUACCCUAGCUACAGAUACAGCACCCAAGUCCCCUACAUUAACCCCAUGCCAGAACCCACAACUGUCACCUGGGUCAGGUCUAGCCCUGGUUCCUCCUAGCCCAAAGCCAAGCUUGCCCCAACACCCAGAGGCUGUUCCUGUAUCUUGUCUACAUCUGGAUGCAGUACCAGCCAAUUCAGGUCCUUCUCUGGUCCUGUCUCAAUCUCCAGAGUCAGACCUUAUCAGUCAAGUGCCGUCAGAUGUCCAGGCUGGUUUUAGUUUUGACUCUGGAUCUGGAACAGGCUCCGGUGUUGGUUCUAGAUCAGGUCCUCUGUCUUCUCCUGUCCCAACCCCUGCAUUCUCCUCCCCCUCUUCCUUCUGCCCAGCCAUAACCAUAGAGUCUGCAUCUUCUUUCACUCCCUCUCAGUCUCCCCUUGCAGCCAUCUCCCCAUCCUCACCACCAUCCCUUCCCUCUCCUCCUUCCCCCCCUUCCCCUCCAGCCCUGACCUCAACUUCCCUCCCAGCCCCAGCUUUACUCCUGGACCCCCUUACUGCUCUGCACCAGUCUGAAAAAGGUGGAUCCUCUUCUGGCCACGCUUCCUCCCUCUCCCCCUCUCCUCGUGCUACUCAGUCCCCACCAAAACAGACUCUCUUCUCCCCAUGUGUGGACGUCUUUGAACCGGGACCUCCCAGCUGGGAGGAGGGAGAGGAGGAGCAGGAGGUGGAGGACAAUGACGAUGAUGAAGAGGAGGACAUGGGAGCCGAUGAGAGCCAGUAUAGACAUCGGCGACUGACCGGUGACUCUGGCAUUGAGGUGUGCAGGUGUCGGGUGGAGGAAGAGGAGGAUGAAGAGAACGAAGAGGAGGAGGUGGAAGGGAAGGAGGAUGACAGGAGAGGAGGGGUAGCAGAGAGGGAUAAAAAAGGAGGUGGAAACACUGAUCUCCAUGACAGCGUGGACUGCCCUGCCAGAGGUCAGAUUACCACAGGGGAAGGUCUCACACUGUGUAACCCCACCUCCACCACUACGCCAACGUCCGAAGACAGUGGUGAAGUCGUCAUUGUCAUGGAGACAGUGUGAUUGACAAAAGUGGGUGGCUCAAACCAUCCUGACAAGGGAUGAACAGGAAGUGAAAGAUGGCGUCCACUCUUAAAACUGUUUUUGAAGAUCGUUCUGUAUCUGGGGAGGAUGUUAACGCUAAUGGUUGUGAUUGUAGAGUUAAGUCACAUUAAUAAAUGUUGCUGGUUCAGCAACUGUUAGUCAGACCAGCACAGGUAUAGAAUGUCUGAUAGGAAAGGAUUCAACAGAAGGCAUUAGCUUAUUACUACAUGGUUUCUUCAACUGUGAGUUGGACUUUUAAUCAGCCAUGGGGCAAAGUUUCUGCAUGGUAAGUACAUAAGUGAUUUAAUAAGAGGACAGGCAUUUACCCAAAUUGUAUCCAGGGUUGACAAAAUUUAACAACUGCUACACUACAGAACUGUCAGCAUUUCUAAAAUGUAAAAGGAUCCUGAAAAAAUAGGAUCCUGUUCCCCAUUUUGAUUCCAACAUAAGUUUUACAGUUGUCUCAAAACACAUUUAGCAAUCCGCCAUUAUAUGACAUUGAAGAGUUGUCUAUUUGUGAAGAAUGUCAAUAUCUUUAACAUUGGCUAUGAACAGAGAGCUAGCUGGGCAGCUUGUUGUGAUGUGUCUCCUUCUCAGUCAGAGUGAACAGUUUGAUAAGGUAGAUCUGUUUUGGAGUUUACGGUGACACAGUUAACAGACUUAUCCUUAGCUUUCCAAAAUGCUCUAAGUUUGAUUUAAAAAAGAAAAAAAAAUCAGUUAAAGGUACGUAAUUGAAUUAAAUUCAGUUUUUCUCACCAAAACACUCGUAUCCAUGUGGCCUGACAAAUGUUUUCAGUUCAUUUCCUUCCUCAUAAAACAAUUGUAAUACAAUUUUAAUUGGGCACUCCAUCAAAUUUACACAUAAACUGCCACAAACUGGGGUUGUGGAGUUUUAAAGACAUGGGCGUUUACCAGGCACCGAUAGGGACUAAAGGUCAGGAUAUCUUGACUUCUGCUAAUUCAGUUUUAACUGCUCUUUUUGAAAUCUGUCCCUUCCAAAUCCCCCAAAUUUAAGAAAGUGCGUUACUAAAUUGCUGAAAUACCCCUCUAAAUCGUUUACAUCCACAUUUGGUAGGUAGCAGUCGUCUUCCCUCCUUUUGCUAGCACAUUGCUAUUUUUGUGGCAAGUUACUGCCUCCAACAGUGGACCAGUAGUUUAAAGUGCAUACUCUACACAUUUACAUUACCAGCACCUACUGUAAUUGGCAGGAAUUUGUAUCUCGUCUCUCACAUGCUCAAGCACACACGUGUUAGAGUUAAGUUUGUCUUGAAGCUCGAUAUAUCUGACAAGGUGCUAAACAAGAUGGGAGUGCCUGAAAAAGCAAACAAAUGUGUGCACAUCACGUCACCCAGAAUCAGUCAUUUAUGAUAAUUUUUUUGCAACUUUAAAUAGUUUAACAUUUAGCAGAAGACACCUCGCUUGUCUUGGGUGAUGACGGAGGUUUGGAAACGUGCCGGGGACAAAUUGGCUGUUUUGGAAAUAAAGGGGGACUGAUGUAGGAGGAUGAUUCACUCUGACUGACAGAGGGAAGACUGAUUCAUUCAGUAGAGGAGACGUUUUGAUGAAGAAGUCUGUCAGGAGAGCGGAAUUAAGUGGGUAGUUUAUGAAAUGGGAGAGACAUUUUCUCAAAUUUGAUGCAUUCAUGGCAACUGGGUAACCAAUUGGUCCUGUAUGGAAGGUUCCAGGGUUGACGGAUCAGAUGGUUUCCUGUGCGUUGGUCUUUUGGCAGAAAAAAAGCUUUUACAUAAUUACGAAUCAACAAUGGAGACUUUUAGACAGAACAAAGCAUCAAACAGAACAUUGACGAGAACGUGUCAUCACCGCCGUCCUUGUUUUUCUGUCUCUUUCCCUGAAUCUAUGUCGUAGACACCACACAAGCUACUUUCAGUCUACGUCUAAACUCUGAAAUAUUCCUUUUCACUUUGUGCAUCUCUCCAUUCCUAGACACCUCUUCUCCUUUACCAUUCAGAAAUCCCUAAAUUCUACUGAUUGACACAUUGAUUAAUUACAUUAUCCUACAAAAUUCACCAAACAAGCCAAACUAUUUCAGGGCCUUAAAAUGGAAGAAACAGAUUCAUUUAGCAUUUAUUUCUAGGCCGCUGUUGUAACAUAUUGAUGUUUGGUACAUUGUCAGGUUAAUAGACAUGUCAAUAUUGAUAUUUUGUGACUGAAAGACAAAGGUAGAGUAUAUUUUGUCAAUGACAGAGCAUUAGUAACGUUUGUAUAGUACAUUCUGGUGUAUUUCAAUCCACCUUAGAAUCUGAAAUUAGUGAAGAGCAAUAUUUUUCAUCAGCAAGAGUCUGUGUGUAAAUAACCCCCCAAAAAUACAACUGCUUCAGGAAGGGUUAAAAGCAAAGUAAUGUAUUGUCAUUAUUGGUGAAAACCUUGUUAAUUAAGUUUUUAGGUUAUUGUAGUGUUCUAAUUUGGGAGGAAAGAUUAGAGGCUCCUCUGUGGUUUGGGCAAUUUCUAUGCACCUUUGCCUGAUGAAAAUCUUGUUUAAAACCAUCUGGAUAAACUAAAAUAUGAGUUGUUGUCAGGAGGAAAACAAAGAUUUUUUUUCCCACUCAA